ACACAAGGCAGAAAGAGUGAGGUCACACCUCCAUACUGUAAGUCCCCUCCAUGCCUCCUGCUGCACAGUUAUAGUUUGAUACAGGCCACAUAUUCAUCUGUUAGAUGUAGACGACGAGAUUGGAGAUUGGCAGUGUCUGGCAGAUAGAUCAAAAAAUAGUUGCUAUUGCUGAAGUUACUUUUUUGACCCUGCACCAGGAUUACUGUUUAUUUUUGGAUCAGGACUAUUGAAUCGGUCAAUAUGAUGUCAGACGAGUAUUUGGUGGAGUGUAAUAUUGAUGAUGAAGAUGAUGAUGAUGAUGAUGUGAAGAAGAUCCACCUGUCUCCGCCUCCUCCUCCACAGUUCUCCUCCACCCCGUCCCUCACUCAGGUUGAGAUCAGGGAUCCCUGUGGCAUCAACAAACACUUGAAGAUAGAGUUUAGCGAUGUUUUGGCAGAGCCCGUGUCCACACACAGCUACGACCGUGUGUGGGUGUACAGCGGCAUCACCUUUGAGUCCAUGCGGCUGUGGGGUUACCGCUGCCUGACAGCGCUGUGUGCGGUUCCCCUCUCCUGUCUCUGUGGCUGUCUCUUUGCCCUCCUGGCCUGUUUGCACAUCUGGUGUGUGAUGCCCUGUAUUCAGGUGUUUCAUACCUGCCUGCCCUGUGUGAGGUCACUGUGGAUGAGUGUGGUUAAUGUCUUCAUCGCUCCGUUCUGCACAUCUGUGGCUCGUUGUUGCAGUGGCAUAUAUGUGGUGUUCUCCAAAGAGUGAAGAAACACAGGAAGGAAUCUGAGGAAGCUCGUCAAACUGCUUUUCUCUCAAUUAAAAAA